CAGGUUCUCUUCCUCCACACACACUCCAAAGCUUCUUUCUGAAGACUCAUCAUCAUCCAUGGCGGUACGUUCUUUGGUAUCUCCAAAUCUCUUGAAUUCUAAUAACAAGGUAUCUGAAAAUACUCUAGUACGGCCUCGUUUGCUUCCUAUUUCUUGUCUCUCCAAGAAACACGAAGCUUCUUCUUCGUCGGCAGCCAUUCAUGGAGGAGGGAGCUCAAAAACAGUGAAGCGUCUCAUCACAUUAUCCCCUAGUGAAGGAAAAUGGAACGGAAACUGGAACACUCAGUAUGAUGUCUCUCUCCGCGAUCUUCACCUCCAAGAUCUUGUUGAAGAUGGCCCCGCCAAUUCCCGUGUCUCUGUCCACCUCUCUGUCCAAAGGCACGCGAGUAUGGGACUCUCAGUAGAUGGAAGAAUCAUAACUUCUAUCGCAAGAAAGUGCAGCAUUUGUUCCUCUCUUUAUCCUCGACUGAUCGAUACAAGUUUCACCGUCUGGAUUUUGCCAUCGAGCCGGGAGAAGCGAACUUCAUCACUGCCAGAAAUUGGUGGUGAUGAUCCUUCGGUAAUCUAUGUGAGACCUGGGUAUGAAGCUAACCUUGAUUCCCUUGUACAAGACACUAUCCGCCUCACAACUUAUGCUAAAGAUAUAUGCUCGGAUUCUUGCGAAAAGUCGGAACCGACACUGCAUUAUGUUGGUGAGACAAAGACAGCUUCUUUUGAUAAGAGAUGGUCAAGACUACUUGAGCUUAAGAAGAAGUAGACACCAAAUUGAAAUUGUUUCAGUCUGUCUCGAUAUGUAUCUCAAAGUCUCAUGAAGAUUUUGAUACUGUUUAUACUCGAAUAUAUACAAAAAAUAAAAACACAUUGAGAACAAAAUGUAAUGCCUCAUGUAACAUGUAAAUUUGUGAAACUGAUGAGGCUAGACCGCAGUUAUUGA